AUGGAAACAUAUUUUAAUACUAGUAUCACAUUAUUUUGUCACUUUCUAGCUUCUUUGACUGCAGAUGCUAAAGGUAAAGGCAAUAAGGCAAAAGGAAAAGAAAAAGGUGGGAAACCUACACAAGAAACAGAGCCAGCUGACAGUCCUGACUUUAUAAACCCACUGUUAGAAGGUGCUGAUUAUAUAGAUGGUCAACUGUGGGUAGCUGGUAACAGGGUUCUCAUUAACCUCAAUCUCUCACGGAAUGAGAUAGGUGAGACAGGCCUUGAGGCUCUACUGAAGGCCAUGCAGUAUCAGACAACAUUGUGUAUGGAAAACAAAAGUAGCGGAACUGGUCUUAUGAGAUUAUUAGUCGGGAAGAACAAGGUACGAUCUAGCCAUGAGUUACUACAGAAGAUAACAGAUAUCAUGUUACCUAAAGAUCCUUUCUAUAAACCACCACCACAGACCCCGGAUGUUACUGAGGCUUAAACACAAAUACAGAAUUACAUAAUGUCACUUUUAACUUUAAUAUAGUUACAGCUCUUUAAUUGAAUGAUUUAGAAAAAAAUCUUUGACUGGAUUCUUUGGGAAAAUUAUUUUAUUGGAUUCCAUGGAAAAAUUCUUUAAUUGGAUUCCUUGGAAAAAUAUUUUGACUGGAUUCUGUAGAAAAAUUCUUUGAUUGAAUUCCAUAGAAAAAUCUUUGAAGUUAUAAUUCUUUGAAAAUUUUAAAAGAUUUUGGAAAAAUAAAGAUAGUGUAUGAACUGGAAAAUGAAACAGCUAUCUUCUGAUAUCGUUAAACGUGUUUAUGAAUGUGAUAACAAAAACUGUGAUUUUUAGAUAUAAUAAAUCAGUGCAGAAUUUUGUCAUAAUUUGUUCUAUGCUGAAUUUAAGGUCAACAUUAAAACAUGAUAUAUUAGUAAUACUUAUAUCAAAUAUAUAUGUGUUAAAUAAACAAAGUUAUUAUAAAAUGUGCUAAAAUGUUAAAUGUAAAAGCCUAUAGCUAUUACUUGGCUUUUAAAUUAUUCUAGAAGUUUAGUCAACAUUAACACAUACAAUACUAGUAUAAAGCCUAACAUUGUUGAAAUGUGUGAAAUUUGAACAGAAAAGCGUAUAUCUUGUAAAGGUUACUUUCUGUUAAAUGGUAGAUAAUAAUUCUAGGAUAAUGAAUAUGCAACUUAUUGAAAUAAUGUUGUCUUUUAUGUAAUAAACUUUAAAACACUCGCAUUAUUAUUUAGAUAAAAGUUGUUUGUAUUUUUUUUAAAACGUCCAUAUUUUCUGUGAUAAUGUU